AUGCUCAAAUUCGUGUAUGGAGUAUGGAAUUUUAUCAGUACACCUCAUGUAUUUCUCCAUAACAAUGGGUAUUUCAUCUUCAAGUUUGAGAAUGAGGAAGAUAAAGCAGCGAUUCUUCAACAAGGGCCAUACACGUUCAAUUAUAGGCCUUUUAUUCUGAAACAGUGGGAUCCAGAGUUCCAAAUACACAAGGAAUCUACUCAAAUUGUUCUGAUGUGGGUUAUGUUUCCAAAUAUGCCAAUCCAAUUUUGGGCUCUUGGCAAUUUGGGUAGAAUAGCAAGCUGUCUUGGGAAUCCUAUAUGCACAGAUAAACUAACUUCUCAAGAGCAAAGGGUUGCUUAUGAUAGGAUAUUGAUAGAGAUGGAUAUAUCCCAGCCUCUGCCAGAUUCACUUUCUCUUGAAUUACCUGACGGAAAAUACUACUCACAGUCCAUUGAGUAUGAAUGGAAGCCUAUGUACUGUCAAGAUUGCUUGAAAGUUGGACAUAUCACAGGGAAUUGCAAGGAGAGACCAGCGGAAUAUAAACAGCCUCAACAGAAUAUUAAAAAGAAACAAAAGAAGCUAGAUUGGAAAGCUAAGACUAUGCCUAAUCAGACAGGUGAUAAUCAGAACAAUGUGCUACCAACUGAGCAGGGUACUAGAAAGGAGCAGCCUAAGAAUGAGCAAGCAACUAAAGGUGAUGGGCAACAGCAGAGAAAACAGAUUGAUAGGGGAAAGAGAAUCAUGCCAGUUACUACAGACAAAAACCAGGAGAUUGAUGAACUGGAACUGAUGCUUAGAAGAAAUCAAUUUAGUGCUUUGAGAAUACACCCAGAGGUAACUACUAGCAAUGUGGUAAGGGACACAAAUCCAACCAAGCAGCCUCCAUGA